AUGUCGGCUGAAACAACUAGUAAAGCUCUAAUUAUUGGAUGGAUAGCUCGUUUCGGAUGCUUUUCAACUAUCACUACUGAUCAGGGUCGGAACUCUGAAUCGCAUCAUUUCAGGGAGUUUACGAACCUGCUGGGCACUUAUCGCAUUCGUACCACCGCCUAUAGAUCUCAAUCUAAAGGAAUCAUUGAGCGUUUCCAUCGUCAACUGAAAAAGAGCAUAAAAUCGCAAAAGAAUCCUCACUGGACAGAAUCGUUACCUGUUAUACUUUGGGGUAUUAGAUUUUCCGUCAAAGACGACAUUCAAGCAACUUGUUCUGAGUUGGUCUACAGUAUUAUCUUAAGACUGCCUUCGGAUAUUUUGUGCUUAGAUCAGCUUUCUCCGCCAUCCCCGACACCAACAUAUGUAAAUCGUUUACGAUCUAUCAUGCAAUCUCUGAUUCCCAUCGCAACAUCAAAACACUGUUCAGAGCCUAUCCACAUCCAUCCAUCUUUAAAAUCGUGCUCUCAUGUUUAUUUGAGAAUUAACUCAGUCAAGCCUCCUCUUCAACAACCAUACUCAGGUCCUCAUCCAGUCAUUGAGCGAUAUGAUAAAACCUUUAACGGUAAAAAUGAAAUUUUUUCAAUUGAUCGACUCAAACCUGCAUUUUUCAUUAUUGAUAAAACCUUUGCCUUUAACACUAAACCUUCCAAUAAGACAAUAUAUUGA